GAGGCCGCCAUGAUCAACUUGUAGUUGUAAUUGGUUGUAAUCAUAUCACUUAACCUAACAUGAUUUAAGCUGCCGGUAGUAGUCACGGUUUUACAGCUAGAAAAUUAAUAAUAUAAUUUUUUUUUUAACGUUUAAGUAAUACAUCAAUCGAAAACAUAGUGGAAGAAAGAUGAAUCAACUCGCUAUUGUUUGUAUUUUAAUAGUUAGUGCAGUUUCCGGAAUUUCUGGCGAAACUUGCCAAAAGCCAGAAGUUGUUGCGUCCGCAUAUGUCACGGAAGAUGCAACAAUUCUAACGAACAUUGCAUUUACGACACAGUUUGUUCUUAAAUGUAGCAAUGGUGUGAAAGGUAUCACAUUGUAUGCAGAAGUCGAAGGAAGAGCAUUGCCUGCUGCUAGGUUAAGCUCUGAUAACAAAUAUCAGGUUUCUUGGACAGAAGAUGUGAAGAAGGCACAUUCGGGAGAUUACAGAAUAAACCUGUAUGAUGAAGAAAGAUACGCAGCCAUACGUAAAGCUUAUAGAAAUGGAGAGGACGCGAGUUCUGUAAAACCUUUGGUUGUCGUAGUACUUAACAAUCCAGGUGUCUAUCUUGGACCCUGGGUCAAUUCGGAACUUCUUGCUGCUCUCUUAGCAGCUUUAGUCUCCUACUUUGCUUUUUCUUCUAAAUUUAAGCUUCUUGCUUAAGUAUUUCAUUUUAUAUUAUUUUUAAAAUAAAUUAUGAAAAUUAUACAUUUUUCAACUGAAUUAUUAAAAAAUGUAUUUAUUAUAAAUUGUUGUCACUGAGAUUUUCUCUUAAAUACAAUAUUUUUUAUUUAAUUACAA